ACAGGCGAAAGAACCAGGAAGUAACUCACUGUUAUGUCGAGCAAAGGCAGCAUUAGCUCUACUUUUCCAUUAGCUUAAUAUCUGGAAGAGCAAAAUCACUUUGAAUUACUUACUUUCAAGUCAAUGCCUCUGUAUGGAGCCUCAAAGGAAGACCAGAGGAAAAAACUGUCCAGGCAGAAAGAGUCUCCAGGGUGGAUGAACAUCUCCAGCACUACUACAGAUGAAGAUGGCAGCGCUCUUUCCCUCACCCACCUUUGCCUUUUCAGUCUGGCUGACAACAUGAAUACCAUAUGGGUGAAAGAUUACAGUGACAAGUACUUAGAUCAGUAUUUAUUCAGACAUAUAAUGGGACCAUUCAAUGUGCUUUGUGCUGAGCUUGUGGAGGAUCUAAUUAAGCUGUUGUGUAUGAGAAAGAAAUUAUCCCGAGCAGCCCUUGAUUUGCUGCUUGUUCCACAGUUACGUACACUCUCUCUUGCAAACUACCCAGGCCUGGUCACCACUCCUGUCUGUGCCCAGAUCGCUGCACGUUGCCAGCUUCUUUCUUACCUGGAUUUCUCUGGAGCACAGCAGCUGUCCUCAAAAGUCCUCUCACAGACUUUUUUUUCUUUGCCCAAACUGCGCUCACUCUCUCUGGCUGGAACGACCACUGAUAAAACUGUUCUUAGAGCUAUUGUCCAAAACCUCUCCCUGCUGUGCCACUUGGACAUAUCCCAGUGUCAUUUGAUCUCCCCUGCUGAUCUUCUUCUUCUUGGAGGAGGUGCACUAUGUCUGUCUUCUCAAACAAGCUGUCCUUCAACAUCAGCUUCAUGCAAUAACUUGUCAUCAGACAUUUCUACUGUUCCUCCUCUACCUCUCGUCAGCCUGCUGGCUUUAGAUAUUGGUUUUGAAGAACAAAAUGGUGAUGCUGUAGCAGUAGCAGCAUACCUUCUUCUUACAUUGUCAGGCUUAGAAAAACUAGCCAUUGAAGGUAUUGCACAGGCAUGCAAACUGAUUUUGCAUGGUGACUUUGAUCAGACAGAUAUGUUCUCAGCCACAUAUGAGGUCCCUUCUUUGAAGGAAGUUUGGAAACAGUGGACACAAAGACUGGCUAGAGUUGAAUACGAUAACAACAACAAAGCAAAGGAAAUGGAAGAAAAUUGCAGUGGAAGCGAGAAUGAAAGUUGUUUUAUGCAAGGCAAAAAUGAUUUAACACUGAGGCUGAGGGAUGUCCAGAUAUUGUCUUGUGAGUCUUUGGGUAGUCUUGGCUUUUUGUGCCCAGCAAUUAGCAGUAUAUCCAUCAAUGCUGAUUAUCCUAACACCAUACACACUGAUGAAGUGACACAUUUAACUAAAGCUCUUGAGGGUUUCUCAGGCCAGUUAAAAAGACUGUCUUUACAAUAUUCAGACUUUUUGCAGAAUCUGGUCGACACUGUGUGUGUUGUAGGUUCUUCUUUGCUCUCACUCACUCUGGAAGGACUAAAAACCCCCUCGUCUUAUUCUUCUCUGCUGACUGUCCUUCAGGCUUGUCCUAGGAUAAGAGAAUUGUCUAUCUCACUUGAACCUUGUCAUCCGUCUUUUUCACUUGAAUAUCCUAUUAACCACCAAAUAGAUUGGAGUAGGGUACAUCUACCGGACCUUCGCAGGCUAACACUACGGUUCUCGUACGAGCACAGCCAAAUGAAACCUCACAUCACACAGAACUUGUUUCUUGAGACAAUAAUUGCUUGUCUCUUGGCACGCUCAUCCCUCCUUCAAAAGGUUUCAUUGAUCUCCUUGCCUUGUCCUCUGAACUGUAUUUUUCAAGAAGUGUUGCACCGAGCAGACGUGAACCAAUCUGACUCCUUUCCUCUAAGAUGUCUGCAACACCUCGACCUACAAAGAACUGAUAUAAAGAUGGAAACUGUAAAUAACUUAAUUCUUCAGUGCAAGAGACUGAAGUUUGUGAACAUCAGUUUCUGCUGGAAUAUCUGUCUCUCUGAGUGGACAGACAGAGUGAGGUCUGGCAGUGUAGAAGUUGCAUGGAUGUAGGGACGACAAAUAAUGGCAAGUAAUAACUACAAAGAAACCUUUACUCUUUGGUACAGUUUAUUAUGGUUUGGCAGUUAUACAAUAAACAAUGUCUUCAUCGCAAAUUCAGCAAAGAAAC